AUGGCGGACAUGGACAAGAUGCACCCCCAGGUCCAGCGGGAGCUGGCUUAUGUGUUGCUGACAGAGCUUCUGGCGUACCAAUUUGCUUCGCCAGUGAGAUGGAUUGAAACUCAGGAUGUGGUGCUCCAGGAGCAAAAGGUCGAUCGGCUGGUCGAGAUUGGCCCUGCAGAGACCUUGUUGGGCAUGAUCAAGAAGACGCUGGCGGCCAAGUACCAAGUCCAUGAUGCGGCACUUGCGGUCCAACGAGAGAUCUGGAGUCACAAGAAGAAUGCGCGGGAGAUAUAUUACGAGGGCGGUGAUGCCGAGGCCGCGCCAGCCCAAACCGGAAAGGACACCGCUACCCCGGCACCCCAAGCUGCCACCCCCAAGACUCCUGAGCCAGUUGCUGCACCCCAACCAGCCCCGGUGCGGCAGGCAGCUUCCAGCAUUGACGACAAACCGAUCGCAGCCCUGGACAUCAUCGUCGCCCUGAUUGCACACAAACUGAAGAAGUCAUUGCAAGACAUUGACUUGAGCCAAACCAUCAAGAAGUUGGUUGGAGGCCGAUCUACCCUGGAGAAUGAGAUCGUCGGAGACCUCGGUGCCGAGUUCGGCGCCAUCCCCGAUGCCCCCGAAGACACGGCCCUGUCCGAGCUGUCCCAGUCCAUCGAAGCCGGCGCCUGGAAGAAAGGCCUGGGCAAGACCACCCAGACGCUGGUCAACCGGAUGGUGUCGGCCAAGAUGCCGGCCGGGCUGGGCGCGGGCGAAGUGCGGGCCCAUCUGCUCGGCAAGUGGGGCUUGCCGACGGGCCGCCAGGACGCCGUGCUGCUCCGCGCCGCCGUCCAGCAGCCCGCCGCUCGUCUGCCGGAUACCGGCGCGGCGCAGGCCUUCCUGGACGACGUUGUCCAGCAGUAUGCCAAAGAGGCCAAUGUCAAUCUCUCAGCGGCGGGUAGCUCCUCCGAUGGCGCCGGGGCAUCGUCCGGCCCGGUCGUCGUCGACCAGACGGCCGUCAAGGCGCUGGCCAAGACCCAGGAUGACCGCGCCCAGGCGAUGCUCGAGUUGUACGCCAAGUUGCUCGGGGUGGACCUGCAGGCAGGACACAAGGCCAGCACCAAGGCAGCCGAGGUCAUCGCCGAGCUGCAAGAUGAGUUGCAGCUGUGGAUUUCAGAGCACGGCGAGGUGUACGGCUCCGGCAUCAAGCCCAUGCUGGCCGUGGCCAAGGCCCGCCGAUACGACUCGUUUUGGAACUGGGCGCUUCAGGACGCCGUGGAUCUCUUCCACCGCAUAUUGUCCGGCAGCAUCGCGCUGACGGGUCAUGAGAUUGAAACCAUCAUGGGCCGCAUCGCCCGCAAGUCCAACCCCAAGCUCGUGCAGAUGCUGGAGUACUUGGAGACACAGUGCCUGAAGCUGCGAAACCCGCGAGCGAUCCAUGCUCGGGAUGUCCUUCACCAGCUGCGGGUGGCAUGCAACCCACAAUUAUCCGGCAUCCAGCCCCUAACUGCCCACCGGUUGGUGAUUGACGCACCCAAGACCACCAUCGACAAACAAGGGCGAAUCCAAUACACGGAGGUCCCUCGCACCGGCAUUGACUCCGCCCCGCCAGCCACACUCAAGACGCUGGGGCGGCAGGGAUGGGAGACCCGGGCGGAUUUGACUGCAUCCUUCAUGGCCACUCUGCGCGAUACGGAUCAGCAGUGCCUUUCCUUCCAGGACGCCGAGGUGCUUGUCAUCGGCGCGGGACGGGAUUCCAUCGGCACGGAGAUCGUCCGCGGUCUCCUACGAGGAGGUGCACGGGUCCUAGUGACCACCAGUAGCUACUCGCUGGCGACGACACGACUGUACCAGAAGAUCUACGCCGACGAGGGAGCCCGCGGGUCCCAGCUCGUCCUCAUGCCCUUCAACCAGGCCAGCCAGCAAGACCUCGAGGCCUUGGUCUCUUACAUCUAUGACUCCGAUAAAGGCCUCGGAUGGGAUUUGAGCCAUGUCGUCCCCUUCGCGGCGAUCCCCGAAGGGGGCCGUCAGAUCGAGGACAUCGAUUCCAAGUCCGAGCUGGCCCACCGGAUCAUGUUGACCAACACGCUGCGACUGCUGGGAGCGAUCAAGAAGCAGAAGCAGGCGCGCGGAUUCGACAGUCAUCCCGCCCAGGUCAUUCUCCCCUUGUCGCCCAACCAUGGCAUUUUCGGUGGCGAUGGCCUGUACCCCGAGUCCAAGAUCGCCCUCGAGACGCUGUUCAAUCGCUGGAGCUCGGAGUCAUGGGGGGCUUACUUGUCGAUCUGCGGUGCAAUUAUCGGCUGGACGCGCGGCACCGGACUGAUGAGCGCCAACAAUGGCGUGGCAGAGGACAUUGAGAAAAUGGGAGUUCGGACUUUCUCCCAGGUCGAGAUGGCAUACUACAUCCUGGUCCUCAUGUCCUCGCCCAUUGCCACCGAGUGCGAGGUGACCCCGGUGCAGGCCGACUUGAGUGGCGGCAUGGGCCAUUUCCCGAAAUUCAAAGAGACCGUCGACUCCAUCCGGCGGAAGCAGAAGGAAACCAGCGAGAUUCGCGAGGCUUUGGCAAAAGAAGAGGCCUUUGAGCGCGCUGCCCUGGGGAAGCCAUCGGAAGAGACACCUCAGGUGCGGGAGCAAAAGGCCAAGCUGGAACUCGACUUCCCGCGUCUGCCUGACUACCAGACAGAAGUCCUGCCCUUGGCGGGUCAGCUGCGCGGAAUGGUCGAUCUGGACCGCGUGGUCGUUGUCACUGGUUUCUCCGAAGUCGGGCCCUACGGUAAUGCCCGGACACGUUGGGAGAUGGAGGCAUACGGGGAGUUCUCACUGGAAGGCUGCAUUGAGAUGGCCUGGAUCAUGGGCCUGAUCAAACAUCACAACGGACCUCUGAAUGGAAACCCUCAUUACCACGGCUGGAUUGUCACAGCGACCAAGGAGCCUAUCCGCGACAUCGACGUGAAGAAGCGAUUCGAAGAGCACAUCCUGGAACACACUGGCAUUCGACUGAUCGAGCCCGAAAUCAACGACGGCUACGAUCCCAACAAGAAGAAGUUCCUGCAGGAGGUGGUGCUCGACGAGGAUAUGCCUCCGCUGAAGACGUCCAAGGAGACCGCGGAGCAACUCCGACUGGAGCAUGGCGACAAGGUCGAGGUGAUCCCAGAGGGCGAUGAAUACACGGUUCGUCUGCUCAAAGGGGCCUGCCUGAUGAUCCCCAAGGCACUCCGAUUUGACCGCGCCGUAGCCGGUCAGAUCCCGACCGGCUGGGAUGCCCGGACGUAUGGUCUCACCGAGGAUCUGGCCAACCAAGUCGACCCGGCCACGCUCUACGCCCUCAUCGGGACGGUGGAGGCACUCCUGAGUGCAGGAAUCAGUGACCCCUUUGAAAUCUACCAAUACCUCCACAUCUCGGAAAUUGGCAAUUGCAUUGGCUCCGGAUUGGGUGGUGUCAAGGCGCUCCGCAAGCUGCAUAAAGACCGGUUCGUUGAGAAGCAGGUCCAGAACGACAUCCUGCAGGAGUCAUUCAUCAACACCACAGCAGCCUGGAUCAACAUGCUCUUGCUGUCCUCGACCGGUCCUAUCCGCACCCCAGUCGGUGCUUGUGCCACCUCGAUUGAGUCGCUGGAAUCGGGCUUCGAGACCAUUGUCUCCGGAAAGGCCAAGAUGUGCCUGGUCGGUGGCUUCGACGACUUCUCCGAGGAUGUGUCCUACGAAUUCGCCAAAAUGAAGGCCACGGUCAGCAGCGAGGCCGAGUUCGAGAAGGGUCGCGAUCCCAGCGAAAUGUCUCGACCAGCGGCUGCCACCCGUGCUGGAUUUGUCGAGUCGCAAGGCAGCGGUAUCCAAGUGAUCACGUCCGCUCAGUUGGCAUUGGACAUGGGCCUUCCCAUUCAGGGGAUCGUCGCAUGGGUUGGAACCGCCAGUGAUAAGAUCGGACGGUCGGUUCCCGCUCCCGGCAAGGGCCUCCUGACGAACGCGCGCGAAGCACGACACCGCGUGCCCUCCCCGAUGUUGGAUAUCUCGUAUCGACGCCGGAGAUUGAACAUGACCCUCCAACACAUCAAGGAGCGCGUCGACAUGGAGGUGGACAUUGCCGAGGCUGAGCUUGCGGACCUCAAGCGCAGCUCCGGUCCUGUUGUCGAAGAGCGGAUCGAGGAGAUCAACGAGCGUCUCCGCUACGUCCGCCGCGAAGCCCAGGUGCAGGAGAAAGACGCGUUGAACACGUACGGCAAUCACUUCUGGAAGAACGAUCCGGAGAUUUCUCCCCUUCGCGGAGCCCUGGCCACAUGGAACUUGACCAUCAACGACCUGGAUGUGGUCUCAUUCCACGGGACGUCGACGGUGCUCAACGAGAAGAACGAGACGGCUAUGAUCAGCCACCAACUGCAGCACCUCGGUCGGACCAAGGGCAAUCCGGCGCUGGGAAUCUUCCAGAAGUAUCUCACGGGACACUCGAAGGGUGCGGCGGGCGCGUGGAUGCUCAAUGGGGGUCUCCAGGUGCUCAACACCGGUUUAAUUCCGGGCAACCGCAAUGCGGACAACAUCGAUGCCGCCCUGGAGAAUGACUACCUGGUGUACCCCAGCCGCAGCAUCCAGACAUCAGGAGUGAAGGCCUUUUCCGUGACCUCGUUCGGGUUCGGACAGAAAGGCGCGCAGGCGCUCGGCGUGCAUCCGCGAUACCUCUUCGCGACGCUAGACCAGACGACUUAUGACGCGUACCGGGGUCGCGUCGAGGCACGACAGCGGCGUGCGCAGCAACAUUUCCGGUUUGGCAUUGCGCAUAAUGCCGUGUUCUCGGCCAAGGAGAAUCCACCGUACGCCAAGGAGCAGGAGUUCCGCAUCCUGUUGGAUCCGGAGGCGCGACUGACGGAGAAUGGGCGGGGAGAGUUGGAGUAUGCCGAGUAAUGGCGAUAAUCGAUGCCCUGGUUUGUAAAUACUGAUGAGCUGUUUGAUUUCUUUGUGAUGCACCGGAGUUUUGUGAGAAGCAAGGAUUUCUAUACCAUGUGAUUUGCCGGUUUGUGUGCGAUGCUUAUUUGCUGGGUUUGCUGUGUUUUCUAUGUUUGUCUCGGGGGUGCCUUGUUUGACGUCAUCCCAUU